GGAUGCGGAAGUGGCGGCGGGUGCGCGCUUGCGCAGGGGGGAGCGGGAUGAUGGCGGACCUGGUGGCCCUGGAGGAGCUCGCCAAGCUCGAGUACUUGUCGCUGGUCUCCAAGGUCUGCACCGAGCUCGACAACCACCUGGGCAUCAACGACAAGGACCUGGCCGAGUUUGUGAUAAGUCUCGCUGAGAAAAAUACUACGUUUGACACAUUUAAAGCAGUUCUUUUGAAGAAUGGGGCUGAGUUCACUGACUCCCUUAUUAGUAAUUUGCUGCGUCUCAUACAGACGAUGCGGCCUCCACCGAAACCAACCACGAGCAAAGAGACGGUUGUUAAACCCAAAUCGGAGAAGGAGAAGCUGAAGGAGUUGUUUCCAGCCCUUUGCAGGCCGGACAAUCCCAACAUCAGGAAUAUGCUGGAUGAAGAUGACGUGAAAGUGGCCGCCGAUGCCCUUAAAGAACUCGAAGCCCUGAUGCCCCAUGCGGAGCGGCACGGCCAGCAAAGGAGCAGCGACCACCGGGCAAAGAAAAGGAGGAGGAGCCGAAGCCGGAGCAGGGACAGGAGACGACGGCACAGAUCUCGCUCGAGGUCUCGUUCUAGGACUCGGGAUAGGAACAGGGGAAAAUCCAGGUACCGCUCGAGGAGCAGGAGCCGGAGUCCCAGCAGGGACUGGAAGGAUCGAGAGAGAUACGGCGAGAAGAGCAACGAGAGAUGGAGAGACAAGCACAUAGACCGUCCCCCGCCCGAGGAACCUUCCAUCGGAGACAUUUACAACGGCAAAGUCACAAGUAUCAUGCAGUUUGGGUGCUUUGUGCAGCUGGAAGGACUAAGGAAGCGUUGGGAGGGCUUGGUCCACAUCUCGGAGCUUCGGAGAGAGGGACGAGUCGCCAACGUUGCUGAUGUUGUGAGCAAAGGACAAAGAGUAAAAGUCAAAGUCUUGUCCUUUACUGGAUCCAAAACCAGCCUGAGCAUGAAGGAUGUUGAUCAAGACACUGGGGAAGAUUUGAACCCAAACCGGAGGAGAAACCUGGUUGGAGAAACCAAUGAAGAAACCUCGAUGAGAAACCCCGACAGGCCCAGUCACCUGUCGCUGGUGAGCGCCCCGGAGGUGGAGGACGACAGCCUGGAGCGAAAGCGCCUCACCCGCAUUUCCGACCCGGAGAAGUGGGAAAUCAAACAGAUGAUCGCAGCCAAUGUGCUUUCCAAGGAGGAGUUUCCCGACUUUGAUGAGGAGACUGGGAUUCUACCUAAAGUUGAUGAUGAAGAAGAUGAGGACCUGGAGAUUGAGUUGGUUGAAGAAGAGCCGCCGUUCCUUCGAGGUCAUACGAAACAGAGCAUGGAUAUGAGUCCCAUCAAAAUAGUAAAGAAUCCCGAUGGUUCCUUGUCCCAGGCCGCGAUGAUGCAGAGUGCUUUAGCUAAGGAAAGACGAGAACUCAAGCAAGCCCAGAGGGAAGCCGAGAUGGAUUCUAUCCCCAUGGGACUCAACACGCACUGGGUGGAUCCUCUCCCUGACGUGGAUGGAAGACAAAUCGCUGCAAACAUGCGAGGUAUUGGGAUGAUGCCCAACGAUAUCCCAGAGUGGAAGAAACAUGCGUUUGGUGGCAACAAAGCUUCUUACGGUAAGAAGACGCAGCUUUCCAUCAUUGAGCAGAGAGAGAGUCUCCCCAUCUUCAGACUGAAGGAGCAGCUGAUACAGGCUGUGCAUGACAACCAGAUUCUGAUUGUUAUUGGAGAGACAGGAUCUGGGAAAACAACGCAGAUUACCCAGUACCUGGCUGAGGCGGGGUACACGUCGAGAGGAAAGAUCGGGUGCACUCAGCCCCGCAGAGUGGCUGCGAUGUCUGUUGCAAAGAGGGUGUCAGAGGAAUUUGGCUGCUGCUUGGGACAAGAGGUUGGCUACACCAUUCGAUUUGAAGACUGUACGAGCCCUGAAACCGUGAUUAAGUACAUGACAGACGGUAUGUUGCUGCGGGAGUGCUUGAUAGACCCUGAUUUGACUCAGUACGCCAUCAUCAUGCUGGAUGAAGCCCAUGAGAGGACCAUACACACCGAUGUGCUCUUUGGCCUCCUGAAGAAGACAGUGCAGAAACGGCAGGAUAUGAAGUUGAUAGUGACGUCGGCAACGCUGGAUGCUGUGAAGUUCUCCCAGUACUUCUAUGAAGCGCCAAUCUUCACAAUUCCCGGCAGAACAUACCCGGUAGAAAUUCUGUACACAAAAGAGCCGGAGACGGAUUAUUUGGAUGCCAGUCUGAUCACAGUAAUGCAGAUCCACUUAACGGAGCCGCCGGGUGACAUUUUGGUGUUUCUGACUGGUCAGGAAGAGAUCGACACUGCCUGUGAAAUCCUCUAUGAGAGGAUGAAAUCUCUAGGACCUGAUGUGCCCGAGUUAAUUAUCCUACCGGUCUAUUCGGCUUUACCCAGUGAAAUGCAAACCAGGAUCUUUGACCCAGCCCCGCCAGGAAGCAGAAAGGUCGUCAUUGCCACCAACAUUGCUGAGACGUCUUUGACUAUCGAUGGAAUAUAUUACGUGGUCGAUCCUGGCUUUGUGAAGCAGAAAGUGUAUAACUCCAAGACCGGGAUUGACCAGCUGGUUGUUACACCCAUUUCACAGGCUCAAGCAAAGCAGCGAGCAGGAAGGGCCGGGAGAACCGGACCCGGCAAAUGCUACAGAUUAUAUACAGAACGUGCUUAUCGAGAUGAAAUGCUAACCACCAACGUGCCCGAAAUCCAGAGGACUAAUUUGGCCAGUACGGUACUUUCCCUGAAGGCAAUGGGCAUCAAUGAUUUGCUCUCAUUUGACUUUAUGGACGCCCCCCCGAUGGAAACUCUCAUAACUGCCAUGGAGCAGCUCUACACCCUGGGAGCUCUGGAUGACGAGGGGCUGCUCACGCGGCUUGGGCGCAGGAUGGCAGAAUUCCCCUUGGAGCCCAUGUUGUGUAAGAUGUUGAUCAUGUCCGUACAUCUGGGAUGCAGCGAGGAAAUGCUGACGAUCGUCUCCAUGCUGUCUGUCCAGAACGUGUUCUACAGGCCAAAGGAUAAACAAGCGCUGGCGGAUCAGAAGAAAGCCAAGUUCCAUCAGACAGAAGGCGACCACCUCACUCUGCUGGCCGUCUACAAUUCCUGGAAGAACAAUAAGUUUUCAAAUCCCUGGUGCUAUGAAAAUUUUAUCCAGGCCCGAUCCUUACGCAGAGCGCAGGACAUCCGCAAGCAGAUGCUGGGCAUUAUGGACAGGCACAAGCUGGAUGUGGUGUCCUGCGGGAAGGCAACAGUUCGAGUCCAGAAGGCCAUCUGCAGUGGCUUCUUCCGAAAUGCGGCCAAGAAGGAUCCCCAGGAAGGUUAUCGGACGCUCAUUGAUCAACAAGUAGUCUAUAUCCACCCAUCGAGCGCUCUGUUCAACAGGCAGCCGGAAUGAAAGUUUUCCAUGUUGGCCUUUGGGAAUACCCCCCAUCCAGAACUCGCCUGGGAAACAAAUGCUGCCUUUCAAACUUGAAGCACUUCCAUGUGUUGUUUUAAGGCAAGUUCUAUCAACCUGUUACUGCUCUGAUGUUUCUGAGUGGAACAUCGUAACAUCCUUUGCUGUUUAUAUCAUUUGUAGCUGGUUUAUAUUGUCUAAAACCCUCAAAAUAAGCUGCCUGAUGCUACGAUAAAACCGCAAACUUAAUCCAUAACUGAAUUGGUAUUUUAGCCCUUGCUGGGGAAGGUUCUUGAGCUCUUGUGUAAGCACUUGCAACCUGCCUCAGUCUACAUGGGCUGCGUUAUUGUAAAUGCUGUAGAUGGUGACAGCCCUUUCUGGGAAGAAAUUGUUCCGAAAUCAAAUAAUUUACAAGCAAAAGAUUCCCAACAAGAGAAGAACUCACACGUUGGUGUGUACGCACACACGCACAUCGCAACCAGCCUUCUGCCCUUAAUGCAAGAAAGGGAAAUAUGAUUUUUACAGCCACCCGCACACGUGCUCCGUCUGGUAGAGUAACUACCUUAACCUCAUUAAUGGGCUCGUUAGCAGGGCCGCUGUGACAGCACCGUGCUGCCUGCACAAUGGGGGUUUUGUGUCUUCAGUCAUUCUGUUUUCAUGAGAUUCCUGUGACAAUUGCGGGAGGCUGCGGUACCGACCCGUUAGCAGUUGGUGGAAUUGCUCCUUUAUGAAUGCAUUGUUCUUCCGGGCCAGCUGGGAAUCCAGCGAGUGAGCGUCUGAUUUUAGCACAUGUGGUUUGGAUGUGGAUGUUCUGCAACCUCCAUAAAUCCUCUGGCCGGUCUGGCUGUACGCAGGAGGUGGGUUGUAGGCUGUGCUGAUCCGGACAUGUUUAUUGGGAUCAGACAUGAGCUUGUUCUUGGAGCUGACAGUCCAAACACAGCUCAGAGUUGUGCUUUUUGUUGGGUGUGGGAAAUUCGCCUCUUGGACGUCAAUAUUAAUUCACUUCUACUAGGAAAAAGGUGAUGGGGUGGAAGUGAGCUGGGUCAUAGUGGCACGUCCUGGCUAUUUUGCAAUGUGAAUUUGAGUUUCUACCUUUGUCAGUCCCAGUGCCGGUGUCUGGAAAGCCCAGGGGUGGAAAUCCGCUGUUGGGAAAUAUAAAAUGUUAUCAGAGAUGUGGGGCAGCACCUUAGGAAUUGUCACAGGCACAUUGCGGAGGCUUCAUCUCGCUAGAUGACAUCAGCCGUCUGCCUUAUGUACGGCCUGGGAAGAUGAAUGCGCUUUCUCAUCGCUCUCUUGCCUUCCUGUCCAGCGCUCAACCCAUAAAGUGAGAUUUACUGCUGUCCUUGUUCUUCAUUACCACUAUUUAUCUGUAUUUCAGGGCACGGAAUCUGGUGAUAGAAAUAUUUCUUGGGUUGGCCUCAGCAAAUCGCAUCAGAUAGUUCAGCUCUGCUUGGCAACCCGUUAGCACAAGAGGUAAUUCCGUGGCCCUGGACGGUGCGCUCUAAGGGCACAUCUGGGACGUGCCGUAACGUUUCGUGUUAAUUAUUUACUCUGACCAGAAAGCAGCUUUGCAUCAUGUUCUGGGUAAUAAUUUUAUGGUGCUUCCUGCUGGGCUUUGUACUGUUGAUACAGCGGGAGUCACGGCAAAGCCGCUGCAACAAUAGCAACCGCGUGGAAAAACAAUAACUCUAGAAAACACUACGUUAGGAAGAAAUGACUGCUGAGGAUUUAUUUGUGGCUGGUCCCAAAGCAUCGUCACAUCCUGAGGAAUAAGCUGCUAGAAUAAAUAUGGAAUAUAAGGAGUAAACAAUAGUAGAAAGUGUGAAAAUAUUAGGUGUAUUUGCAUCCAGCUGUCGGUGUGGCAUGCGCAGAGCUCUGUCUCGAGAGGGUUUUCCAUGAAGGAGAAUGAUGUCUGUCUUACCUGCCUAAUGUAAGUUCAGCUGCCAGUUUGUACAGUGAGGGGAUGCUGACUGAAAUUCCUAAUCAGCUGCCCCUGUCUUGCUGACCUGGAAACACGGGGGGUAUUUAUUGAUUAUAAAUCUCUGCCCUUUGGAGGUCACUGCCCUCGCUGAUGAGAACCUGAUCCUGCCCAUUCCCAGCACUGCGCUGCCGCCAUCGAUCCGCCGCGCUGACUUCACGGACCUGAGCGAGACACCGAGCUGGAAUUCAGUCCAAACGUGAACUCACUCCCUGGAUUCCCUGUCUGGAAGGAAGGUUGGCCAGGAAGGAAGCCCAAAGAAACCUCUGCAGCCAGAGGUUACGGAUUUCAUCGCCAUCUUCCCAUCCUGGUUGUCUGAGUGGUUGUGAGGAUGUCAAGGGAGUGAAGUGUUCGCUCCUUGAGCUGCGCCGAGAUUCGGAAGUAAAACACGCAGCCCUGAACUCUCUGGAUCGGCUGCCCGGAGGUGGGCAAAGCAGGGGCUGAAUGAAGGUGCGCUGCUGAAAGGCAUAGACCAAUUUAUUAAUUAUAGUAUUUUUACAUUCAUAAAUAGUAAAGGCAGCUUAUACCAACAGAA